CGCAUCAACAAUCAAUAACAACCCACCCGCCGCCAGCUGCACACGUCCGGGGAGAACUUCUUGAUCCUCCAUCUUCAUGACAUGACGCAGAACAGCCCCAGAGCCUCCGACGACACCAGACUCUCACGAACACGCGCCGGCUCGCAACACAGCUACCAUAAGCACUCGCCACACCCCCAGCCUCGAUCACCGCUCAGGACUUCGCCCAAGGCUACCCACAAGACGGCACACAAUUCCCAGGCACACAAGGGCUCGCCUCUCAUCAUGGUUACCACCUCGACACCCGCGCAUCGCGUCGACGAUGACGCCUACUCGUACUUCUCCCUCGAGGACAACACGCAGCUAUCCCACGGCUAUGGCUGGAUGCAGCCCAUAGAGAUUGAGGAUGACGACCUCAUGUUUGGCGGGAAGAGCCUCAGUGCGUGGUAUGAGGAGGAGAGGCAGGCGCCCACCGCCCCUGUCGAGGAAGAGAGACGCGGACGUCAACGGGUUCGCUCCCAUCACUCGUCAUCGCACCACCACCACCACCAACAACACCACACAAAGUCAAAGCAGAAGACAUCAUCGUCUUCGAGCAGUGACGAUCAGAAGCACUGCUAAAUAAGGCGAUGGAACCGAACGCCCCGCCCACAGCAACGUUAUAGACGAUACAGCAGCCACUUGUGACUUUAUUUUCCCUCCCAUGUUGGAUACCCAACCGCAUUUCUCUCAUCGCAUCUCGUGC